UGCCGCCUCUCCUCAACCUUUCUUUAACACUUCAUCCGCACACAGCCACUCCGUCUCUUCAACCUCCUUUCGCCAUCUCUAUCUCUCUCUCUCACACACACACUCUCUCUCUUCUCCAGAAACGUCGAGAAUCCGGCAAGAUGAAGUUCACCACUAUUACCGCUAUCUUCGCCGCCGGCGCAGCGGCCCAGUCUCUGACAGAGGUUCUCAGCAAGCACGAGUCCGUAUCUGCGCUGAACCGCCUUCUGUCGACCCAGCAAUCGCUGGUUUCCAGCCUGGGAAGCGCCAAGAACAUCACCAUCCUGGCGCCCAACAACGAGGCCAUCUCGGCGCUUACUUCGGACCCGGCCAACGCCGCUGCCAUCGCCAAUGACACCGGCCUGGUCCCGGCCAUCCUCAGCUACCAUGUCAUCAACGGCACCUAUCGUGGGGAUGCCUUCACCAAGGAGGCGAAGUUUUUGCCUACCCUGCUCACCAACGCCACCUAUUCCCAGGUUAUGGGUGGACAGAGGGUCGAGGGCAAGGCUUCUGGUCAUACUGUUGAGUUCAAGAGCGGUUUGCAGAAGAUGAGCAAGGUUAUCGAGGCGAACAUUGCUUUCGACGGCGGUGUGAUCCACGUGAUCGACCACGUCUUGACUGUUCCGCCCGCCCCUGCCUCGGCUCUGACCAAGCUCGACCUCAAGUCGCUCGCAGAGUCCCUUACCAAGGCAAACCUGGUCAAGACGGUUGAGGAGCUCAAGGAUGUUACCAUCUUUGCCCCUGCCGACUCUGCUUUUGCCAAGCUCGUCUCCACCUCCUCCACCAUGUCGACCGAGCAGCUCUCCCGCGUCUUAACCUACCACGUGGUGAACGGAACCGUGGCCUACAGCAACGGCCUUAAGGAUGGCCAGAAGGUCAAGACUGUCAAUGGUCAAGAAGUGACUGUCAGCGUGAAGAACGGCGAGGUUAUGGUCGGCAACGCCAAGGUCAUCACUCCCGAUGUGCUCAUCUCCAACGGUGUCGUCCAUGUUAUCGACAACGUCUUGAUGCCCGGUGGUGCUACUGUCAGCCAGGGAAGUGUCAGCUCCAGCGGCGGUACAGCGAGGGCCUCUAGCCCUGCUGCCUCUGAGGGUCACUUUCUCACUAGUCCGGGCUCCGCCAGCUUUGUCGUCCUUAUGGUCGGCGUCGCUAUUAUUACGGGUCUGUAAACGGGAACUGCGCUUGCUUUGUUUUGCAGCUUUUUCGAUUCAUUGUUUGUUUGCUUUUUACUGGCGACGAAGGUCUUCGUGUGUGUGCCUCCUGUGCUUGCUCGUGGGGCUCAUGGGGGCACAACAACAAAAAAACAAACAAGAAAGUGCAUGCGCGAAACAAAAAAAAAACAAAGAACACCAGCAAAAAAGUUGUUUCUUUCUUUUCUCUUUACUGACAGUCACAGUGGUAUUGAUCAUGGCAGUUGUGGGCGAGUUGUUCCACUUAUGACGGAACCGUUGGCGUCUCCUUUUUUCGAUUAAACGAAGAGGAAUCAUAGUUCUUCUUCCAAAGAUUAUGUAUGUAUCCGUGUGACCUACUGACAACCCUACUAAUUCCUAGUUUUUUUUGGUAUUAUUUAAUCACGAGAUAUAUCACAACCCAAAACCCAAAACCCAAAAACCCUAGAGCCCCUGUUGUGCCUUGCGUAAACCCAUUUCAUCUGUUCCUUGCAUGCCCGCCUCUUUGACUUCAUUUGGUCUUUUUCGAUCUUACCAUUUUUUCCCGCAUGCGUGUGUGUGUCUCUCUCUCUCUCGCUCUCUCGCUCUCUCAGGUUCUCGCUUGCUUUUAUACAUUUGACUUUUAUCCUACCACAUCCCCGGAAAGUUAAAAGGAAUUUAAACAAAAAGUCAAUUACUAACAACUUGAGGGGAUAUCAAGCCUCGC